AUGAUGUUUAUCCUUUUGCUGAUUCCAUAUGUCAUUAAUGCUAAUUCUAAUUUUAUAAACAUUGGAAAAACUUACGAAGGGUAAGAAUCUAUUUGAAAUCCUAGAUAAUUCAAUUUCAAGACUGACAACACACUUGGUCACAGUUAUUACUUUGAAAUUUCUGAGCUCUUGGAUAACGCAGAUAUCAUCAUAAUUGUUAGUCAAUAGACUCCUUAAGGUGAUCCCAAUAUCUUUUUGUCUCUCGUGAAUCCAGAACCAUACACAAUCGAAUAAAGUGAAUUAGGAUAUUGUUAAUCACAAGGAAGUGGUAUAAAUUUAGAUUGAAUUUUGAAGACUUGUGUGUUAUCGACAAAAAGUACAUUUAAAUUGAUACGCGCUAUUAUAUUGGUAUUACCUGUUUUGAAGAUUGUAAAUAUACCUUAAAGGUGAAUUAUGAUUUAGAAUAAAAAAUGUUAAUGAGUAAUUCGAUUUUCAAACUAUUUAGAUGAUCUUUUAAGAUUUAAGAUGAAUGAAGGAUCUUCAAGUUAGAUUGUGAAAAUUCAAAUUGAUCACACCCUCCAUAUUGAAGAAUUGGAAAUAACUGGCGCGAUUAUUAAUUACUUUGAGAUAGAAAAUCCUUUUCAUAUGUAUUUAAAUUUGGGUGACACCCUACCAAGUUCAUAACAGUCAGAUUACGAGGGUAAAGAUUUCUUGAAUGGUCUCAAAUAUCUUAUUUUACCAUGGGUUGAAAUCAACAAUUCCUCCAUUUUAACAAUUAUAGUGGAAUCACAGAUAGGAUCAUUAAUUGAAUUAAAAACCAAAACUAAUGAGAAAAUAAGAAAAAGCUCGUACCAUACUCUGAUCUCAGGGGAAGUGUUGUUAAAUUAACUUCAUCAUUAUUAAAUUGAUAAGAAAUAAAAUGGAUAAUAACAUACUUAUAAUUAAUUGGUAUAUUUUAAUUUAAUGAAACCAUUAGUCGAUAUAAAUGAAACCCUAUUCAGGUUUAAUUACUGUGUAUUUUAACUUUAAAGAAGAAUUGCCAUAAAAUUUAGAAGAUUAUGAAUACAAAUAUAAAAUAAACUAAACUUCCAUUAUUUCAUUUUCAGAUUUGGAUUUAAAAAAUUAUAUAAAGAUUAAAUCUCUAGAUAUCAUCAUUUUUGGUAACGAAAUAUCAAGUUAUUAAUUUAUGGUUAUUCCAUAGAGCAAUUUUGAGUACAUCAAUUAAAAUAUGUAUUAUUAAGGGAGAGUCUAUAAAGAUUAAUUUCUUUAAGUGUCUUUCGAUCUGAUAUCUAACACAACGAGCGGUAAAUUUAACUUAUAAAUGGAAUCUGAAAACAAUGAUGUUGUAAUCAUCAUCAAAAAAACCUAAAUUAUAAACGAAAUAAUACCAAAAGACGAUAUUAAAAAUAUGGAUCAACUUGAAUCUGAGAAUCCUUCAAAUUUAUUCAUUUUCACUAAAAAAGAUAAGUAAAGUCUCACCUUCUAACCUGAUUUUUCCAUUUAAGCUUUAAAUGUACAUAUUGGGCUUUACUCUCUUGGAAUAUUUUUGAAUGAAAGUAAAAGGAAUUUUAGUUCUUAUUCUUUUAUCUUGAGAAGUGAACUCCAAUUUAAACGACUGAAAGAUAAUACUCCGUAUAAAAGUGUUGUUACAAAAGAAUCUUACUCAUAUUUUUAAUAUAUUUUGAAUCCCAUUGAAAAUUUUGAGGAAAUGCAAAUAAUGAUAGUAUCAAUAUAGGGUUCUUAAGUUCUUUUAUCAUCUACCAAAGAUUAUCCUAAUAGAACCAGCUAUGAAUAAAUUGGAGAUAAUGAUGUGAUAAUUUACCGUCCUUAGGAAACUUUAAAGAAUCCUCAAGUCUACUUUAUUUCAGUUUAUUGUUAGACUGCAGGUAUUUUUACAAUUACAGUCAUAAUCAAGAUUGCAAGUGAUCAGAAUUAAUUAGGUGCCUAUCCUUGGGAAUAUACUUAAAUAUUCUAAGGGGAUUCUUAAUUUCACGUACUGAAUACAGAUAGUAAUUAAACUGUGGGUCUAUUCAAAAUUGAUCUCACACAGUAAUUGGAGAUCAGAUCAAAUUAAUUAAAUCCAUUAAAUAAGAAAAAGCAGUUAAUCAGUAUUCAUGUUCUAUCACCUCUGGGUGGGAUAAUGAUGCAUGGAUUUGUAAGUCCUUCAGCAAGUAAGGAUGGUUCAUUAUGGUCAGACCCUAAAGAGAUUUAAGUUUACUUGUCAUAAUUGAAUGGUGAAUAAGCUGUAUUUCUAAGAAUAGAGUUGCAAGAACAUUAUAACUAUUCAACUUAUAAGAUAGCUAUUCAUUCGAUGUUUUAGAGUUCACAAUAUAUUUAAGAGAUAAUUGAGAAUGAACAUUAUUUUGGCUAUAUUGAAUAAGCUGGAUAAUUGUUAUUAUUUAGAUACAAUUAAAUGCAAGACUAUUCAAUAAUAAAAAACACUGAAGAUAAAGGGAAUAGUGUAAGGGUUUCAGUGAUUUUGAAGAAUAUUACUCUAGCAACGUAUGAGUCCACAUUAUUAAUUCCUAAGGAGAAGUUAGAGGAUGAAAGAUGCAAAAAGGAAGAUUUAGAAUAAAAUUAUUGUUUUUUUUUUAUUCAAAUAUUUUCCAAAAAUCCAACCUUUUAUACUUUGAUCAUAUCUCAUGAAAAUAAUUAGAUAUCACUGCAUAUGGAUUAAGUUAUUUACCAUAAAUUACCCAAAGGGAGUGAUCAUUAUUAUUCUUUAGUUGAUGGAAGGGAUUUCAAUAUUAUUGUUAAGAAUCUUAAUCAAAACGUUUAGCUACAAAUAUUAGUUACUAUUUUCUAAGCAUAAGCAAAUCAAGAGUACCCCUAUCCAAAAGCUGAAACCGAAUCCAAUCUAUUUAAGGUCUCAAAAAAUUUCAAUGGAUUUCAUACUAGUUAGGUUUCAAUCUAUAAAGAUGAAGUAGCUAAAUCACUCAACUGCUCAAACAGAUGCAUGAUAGCAGUAACUAUUAGACAAGUUCCUUGCUUUAAUUAUACAAUUAAUUCAAAUAGCGUAUAUUCUAUAAUAUACUCCUCGGGAAGUAGACAAUUGUCAUUAAAGAGUUUUCUCCCUGGUAAAAUAUCGAAAGAAUAUACUGCUUAUUAUCAAGUACAAAUUGCAGAUGAAGAUGCUUAAUUAAUUAUAUUGUUAUAAGAAAACAACCUCUGUGAUGCUACGAUAAUAAUAUCAAAGGAUGAAUUCCCAAAUGAAGAGAAGUAUGACUGGGUUUACCGUCAUUUAUAUUAGAAGAAUAUUACAAUUUCAAAAUAUAAUAAUAUGUAUGAGAGCAUGAAGGGUACUUAUUAUAUCGGAGUAUUUGGGGAAUCAGAAUGCGAAUACUACAUUACCUAUUAUUUGGGAGAUUCUGAGUAACGAUAGGAAUACUUCUAAGACAUUUAUUAAUUAGUUCCUUUUGUUUUGAAAUAAAACUAGAAAUAAAUAGUUACUUCAAACAAUCAUAUGAUUUGGACAUUCAGUUGCAAAACUGUUGGAAGAUUAUUAAUUUAAAUGUAAUACCUUUCUUAGAAUGUCACUAUAAGAGGUUACGAUAGCCCAGACCAUAUUAAUUCAAUGCAUAGUCCUUUAGUAAUAAUAUUUCAGAAUAACUUAUAACUGAUUGGUUAUUUUCCAAUCCAAUAAGUAGGCGUUUACACCAUAUAAACCUUUAUAGAAAAUUCAUCUAUGGAUAUAGUGAGAUACUAAAUAAAAGCUGGAAUGAUUGGUGAAGAUUCAAUUCUGCCAGAUUUUUCAAAUUUCACAAAAAAUCAAAUCACUGAAAUAAUUACAGUAGAUGAUGAAACGAUUAUCCAUGCUGAUCCACUUAAGAUAGAUCUAAUGAAUUCGUCAUAUUAAGUUGAAUAAAUUAAAUAUCAACUUCUAUUUGUAGACUCUAAUUCAGAUAAAUCUGUCUAUUUCGUAGAUACUUAUGGUAUAAACGAUCAAGCCUUGUAAUGGAGUCAAAAAUAACCAAUUGAUACAAGAACAACCCAAAUAUCAUCGAAAAGACAGCUUGAUUCUAAUGUAUCUUUAAUGAGUUAGGGUAUUGAUUAUAGUAAUACUACAUAUUCAAUUCAUGCAAUAGGUAAAAGAAUUAUUAAACUUAGCUACUCUUACUCUGUAUAAUUUAGAAAGAAUUGAGAUAGAUUAUUUUUACAAUCAGAAAUUUGUUAUUAUCAACCAAGGCUUGGGUUACUAUUUUAUAAUUGCACUUAUUGUGCUCAUAAUAAUAAUAAUUGUUAUUUUAAUAAUAAUCUUCGGUAAGUGGCAGCAAAGGAAGAAAAUUUCACUUGUUAAAAAUGUAUAAUAGCACUCAAUUGAAAUGAUGUUUAAAAAUAUUGAUUAAUGA